AUGCUAAUAGCCAGAGGGGAGUUCGCGAGUUAUAUUCAAGGCCCGACGGUGGAACAGAACCGACUAAUGGAGCACGUGAAGAGGAAUCAGAAGUCGAACUCUCACAAUACGCAACCGGUUCGAAUAAUCAAUGCAAUUCACGGUAAGCCUGAGCCUAUUGAGGAGUCCGAUGAACUGCUUCGAACACGCCUUCGCCAGGCACAGAUGAAGAGGAGGAUAGGCAGUGUAAACCUUCUACACCAACAGAAUGCAUCAACACAGAUAAAGUUUAACAGAACAGAUCUAUUGCGUGUUCAGAUCCCUCAUGAGGACCCGCUGGUCAUCAGUUUGACAGUGGCUGAAUGUUUGGUACGCAGACUUCUGAUUGAUCCUGGAAGUAGUGCGAACGUCAUGCCGAGGGACACAUUUGAUCUGCUCGAGAUCAAGCCGGAUCGGCUCAAAUCCACUGGGAAUCCUUUACUAGGGUUUGAUGGAAAACAAGUGGAGCCCAUCGGAACGGUAGAGGUAGCAGUACAUGCUGCAGAGAGGGUUCUGAUGGAGACCUUUGUGGUUGUCGAGAUUCAUCCCUCUUACAACCUUCUGAUGGGCAGAGGGUGGAUCCACAGAGUUCAAGGUGUUACUUCCACUCUGCAUCAAGUAAUGAGAUGCCUGGGGCCAGAUGGAGCCAAGGUGAUCGACAUUCUUACGGACCAGGUUGCAGCUAAGAAAUGUUAUUCAGUAACGCUGAAGUAUGCUGAAAAAGGGAAAGCACCCAUCUAUUCGGCAAGCCCUAGAUAG